AUGUCUUCCAUGCGGAAUGCCGUUCAACGGCGGCCGCACCGUGAGCGGGCUCAGCCAAGUAGUCGCGAGAAAUGGGGUAUUCUCGAGAAACACAAGGACUAUACUCUCCGCGCCCGUGAUUACAAUGUCAAGAAGGCCAAGCUGCAACGGCUCCGCGAGAAGGCGCGGGACCGUAACCCGGACGAGUUCGCUUUUGGUAUGAUGUCCGAAAAAUCUAAUAGACAAGGUCGCCAUGGUGCACGGGGUUCGGAAGCCGCUUCAAAUCUCAGCCAUGAGGCGAUUAAGCUGCUCAAGACGCAGGAUGCAGGAUAUCUGCGUGUUGUUGGGGAAAAAGUGAGAAGGCAGCUGGAAGGGGCGGAACAGGAGGUCAGAUUGCAGGAUGGCAUGAGUGGCGUACUUCAGGAUGGCAGUGGAAGGAAGAUUGUAUUUGCAAAUUCACUGGAGGAGCAGAGACGGCUACAAAUUGAGAAAGUGGAGAAGAUGGCGGAAGUCAGUGAUGAGGAGGAGGGGGAGGAGGGGUUGGAAGAGGGGGAGACUUCGUUUAGGGAAAAACAGAAAAGGGUCCAGAGAUCGAAGAAGCAGAUUGAAGCUGAGGAGCGGGCUAGAAAGGAGAUGUUGGCGGCGAGGAGAUUGAAGAAGAGAGCCGCGGAGGCACGAAGGAAGAAGGUUGAGGCUCUACGGUUACAGCAUAAAGAGCUUGUUGCAGCAGCGCAGGAGCUGGAUCGGCAACGGGCGAAAAUGGAAAAUUCGGUGGGCGGGGUUAAUAAGUAUGGGAUUAAAUGGAAGAUUAGGGAACGAAAAAAAUGA